CUGUCCUCAGCCUGGAUUCUAUCGACGAAGGCUCUAUGACGUACGUCGCUGACAUCUUUAUGUCGCAGUCCUGGUACGACCACAGGCUCAGGCUGCCGCGCAACGUCACCACCAAGUAUCGGCUCCUGCCCGUGAACUGGCUGCACCAGAUGUGGAGGCCCGACUCCUUUUUCAAGAAUGCAAAGCGCGUCACCUUCCAAGAGAUGACAAUUCCGAAUCACUACAUAUGGCUCUACUCAGACGGCAGUAUACUCUAUAUGGUCAAGCUCACCCUCCUCCUAUCCUGCGCCAUGAAGUUCGAAACAUACCCGCACGACACGCAAGUCUGCACUUUGAAGAUCGAGAGCUUGUCGUACACGACGGAUGACCUGGUGUUCAGCUGGGACGACAACGUGCCCCUGGUUGUGGACGACGCCAUCGAGUUGCCUCAGCACAACCUGGUCGAGACGGCGCUCAGCGACUGCACCACUGUUUACUCGACAGGUAACUUCACCUGCAUCCAAGUGACCUUCACGCUCAAGCGACGCCUCGGCUACUACAUGUUCCACACGUACAUUCCGACCUGCCUGAUCGUCAUCAUGUCCUGGAUAUCCUUCUGGAUCAAACCUGAGGCUGUGCCAGCCAGGGUGACGCUGUGCGUCACCAGCCUGCUCACCCUCUCCACACAGCACGCACAGUCACAGAAGUCCUUGCCCCCCGUGUCCUACAUAAAGGCCAUCGACAUAUUCAUGUCCUCCUGCACCGUGUUCGUGUUCGCCUCGCUCAUGGAGUACGCGCUCGUCAACAUCCUCAUGGGUGAAACGGAUGAGAGCCUCGUGUAUCGCAAGGCCAGGCCCGUCAACAUCUCCGCUAAAAUCACGGAGUCAAGGCGGCUCUCAAAUGGUGCGCCCACUCAGAAGAUCGAGACGGCACCCUCUUCAACCGGGCUACCUCGCCGGCGUGAUCGCGCCUUGCUCGUGGACAAGAUCUCUAGGGUAUUCUUCCCACUGUCCUUCGUCAUCCUCAACACAGUCUACUGGUCCGUUUACCUCGACUACCCCUGAGGUGCUGUCUCGCACGGAAGAACUGCCCACUCUACAGGGGUCCCCUCGAUCAGCAUUGAACCUCGCGUGCGAUGCAGUGAAGGACAUCAAGGACAUCAAGUACAUCCACUUCCAUUUGCCUUCAGGACAUAAUGCCGAGAGCAGGCUUCACUUCGUGUGGUAACAGAGGAGCGGCAAUCUCGCUUCUGUGUCGUCACAUAUCUAGCGAAUUCCCGAGACUGUGACACAUAUGCUCUAUGAUAUCAGCCGGCAUUCAUGCGAUAGCUUUUUCAAUCGGUGACCUCUUUAAAGGGCAAGCAAUAUAGAGCGUGAAUAGACAGUCUUAAGACCUCUUGUCCGGUAGUCCUUUAAACUGACCAUAGCACAUGAACCUCCAGUCCAACUGGCCCCGCCUAUUGCAACGUGGUUUCUUCGUGCUGGCAUAGGUGGACUAGCUUGUUGGCCGACUCAGGUGAAUCUAUUGAAGAGCAACUUCAAGGACGGUUGUGACAAGACAUGGCUUCAUGAUUUCAUCUGUGAUCUACGGAGAACAUUGAUACACGUUCUUCGAAUCAAAGGCCAGAGAUGCAGCUUGCGUAUUGUGCGCGGGCACGACAGUGCACUUUUGGUGGCCCAAAGAACGUCAAUUCUUACCUCAGUGGGACGGACGGACAAGUUUUUGUGAGUGGCUCAAGUAGUUCAGCUCUAGCCGUCAAAGGGCUAUUCCUUCGCGACAUAAAGGCACACCGUGGCACAUUAAGUGUGUGCUUCAUGUAGACUUACGUACUUGAAGUUCUCCAUGAUCUGCUUGAAGAACUGGAACGUGAGCUGAGAACCAUCAAUCAGAGGUCGUCUACAAAACGACAACGUGUGUUAAAUUUGACGUGGAGUGUCAUCAGAAUCUGUAUUACAUAGCAGUUCACGUGUGAAACUUGAAUAACAAUAGCGUCCGUCAGUGUCUGUAUCUCAAGACUAAGCAUGAACGUUAAAGGCGUUGCAGAUUGAA